GAGAGCAUCCUUGGUAGCAACCUUCGUCGCCGCAAAACAUCUUGCUUCGUGAAUUACGCUCUUGUCGCUAAUACCCUAUCAUUAGCGAAUUAGCAUUUCGCCGGUGGACGGAGAUAACAAGCUCAGCCUCUCUCGUCACUCCUUAUUGAUCGUCUAUAUAAGACUCGAUGUAACAUCUCGCGAUAUACAAAGCGCGGAUUAAUUUCAUUAUCGGGAAGCAACGUGUUUCGAAGCAAAGUCAUCUCUAAAAGCGUCGAGAGAUAAUGAGCGGAGUCGCGGUAAUCAAUUUCGAGGAAAUCUUUUUUUGAACGUUUCGCGCAAAAUUGAAGUGAAAUUUAUCGCGUGUGUAUUGAAAGAACAUCGAUUUCUCGGGCUCCUUUUCGCUCCGGGAGUUUAAUAAACCCUUUCUUCAUACUUGAGCUACGAGAAUAGACCACGCGGACACCAUAACUCAUAAUUUAGGUACGGUGCUGACAAAUGGUGACAAAGAAGAAGAGUGUGCGGAACACGACAGGAUCAAGAUAUCCCGAUAAAGCAUGAUGCUCGCUAAGUGUCUCACUCGCGAGAUUAAUGGCUCGUGUUUGCUAUCGAGAGUACAACGUCGCGUAAGCUCAACCGCGGCUUGUACCGUCGAGCAGAGUGAAAUAAAGAACUUCAACAGCGAAGUGCAGGAUGCGAGGCCGACCAAGGAUAUUCCCGGCCCGAAAGCGUUGCCCCUGCUUGGCAAUUGGUUCAGAUUCAUACCAUAUAUAGGUGAAUACGGCGCGCACAAUAAUAUGACAACGCAAUUUCGGAUGCUGCGUGACCAAUAUGGCGACAUCGUGAAACUGGACGGUAUAAUAGGUCGUCGAACGAGCAUCUUAUUAUUCUCGCCGGAAUUAUGCGAGAAGAUGUAUCGAGUGGAAGGCAUGUGGCCGAUGCGGAUUAGCAUGGAAAGUAUGCAUUACUAUCGCGAGAAUAGGAAGAACAUCUACGACGGACAAUACGGUCUCGGAACAAGCCAGGGCAAAUCGUGGCACGACUUUCGCUCGAAAGUUAACCCCCACAUGAUGCAGCCGCGAGCCGUCAUCCCGCACAUCGCGCCAAUCAACGAGGUGGCCGUCGAAUUCGUGGAGAAGAUGCGAACGCUGCGAAAUCCCGAGACCCUGGAAUUGCCGGGCGAUUUUAAGAACGAGCUGUACAAGUGGGCCUUAGAAUCAAUAUGUUCGAUCGCGCUGGAUUGCCGACUAGGGUGCUUAAAGUCUAAUCUCGCCGCGGACUCGGAACCGCAAAUAAUGAUUAAUUGCGUGCAUAAAAUGUUCGAUCUUAUGUACCGCUUGGAUGUUCUGCCGUCUAUGUGGAGGCUGUACAAUACGCGGAAUCUCAAGAAGUUCUUCCAUGUGCUAGAUACGCUUAAUGGAAUUGCCAUUAAACAUGUCGAUGAGGCGAGGAUGAAACUCGACGAGACGACGGAGAGCGAUACGAAUAACCGUAGUAUAUUGCAAAAACUCCUAUGUCUUGAUAAACAAAUGGCUCGCGUUAUGGCACUCGAUAUGCUGACAGCUGGUGUUGAUACCACCGGCAACAUAGCCGGUAGCCUUCUGUAUUACAUCGCGAAUAAUCCGGAGAAGCAGGAAAAGCUGCGAGAAGAAGUGAUGUCUGUACUUCCGCACAAAACGUCGCCCAUCACGUACGAAAUUCUAACACAGUUAAAAUACGCCAAGGCCUGCAUCAAGGAAUCUCUUCGAUUGUUUCCGGUCUCUAUAGGCAAUCUCAGAACCAUGCAAACGGAUGUCUGCAUUGGAGGAUACAGGAUACCGGCAGGAAUCAACGUGCUCGCUUGUCAUGCACUGAUCACGAUGGAACCUACGCAGUUUCCACGACCGCAAGAGUACAUUCCCGAGAGAUGGUUGCGAGACAACACGGAGUUUCCAUCAGCCAAGGAGGCGCAUCCCUUUGCGUAUAUGCCCUUCGGAUUUGGCCCUCGCACAUGCGCCGGUCGACGAUUCGCCGAAAUGGAACUCGAGACGUUGCUUUUGACGGUCAUACGAAAUUUCCGGAUCGAAUGGCAUCACGGACCGCUGAAGUACGAAAGCCGAUAUAUAAACAAGCUCGCGUCGCCGAUGCGAUUCAAGCUCAUCGAUUUGUGAAUGUCUCAAAUCUCCUACAAUCGAGACUCACGCUUUGUAUUUCUCAGUCGGAAAACAUCGUCCCUCUUUGUGCGUUUUAUUUUAUUUUAUUUUUUUAAUUAUAAAGCCAGGAAAUAAAACGCUACAAUCGUUUGCGAGCUUCCGAAAAAUCAACCGGAGUAAAAAGAAGACACCGUAUACGAGUAUAUUGAUCGAUAUAUAGUGUAUGAUUCUUACAAUUUUAAUCUACGCCCAAGGAUGAAGGCAGAAGGCACGAUAUUUCUCGGAAUUUAAUAGGAGUUUAAUAUAGAAUCAUUUUUAGGGAAUUCGUAAAAAAACAAAUAUAAGAGUUCAUGUUUAAAUAGUACAGAAAUAUGAGAGAUAUACAUUUAUAUACAUAAAGCCAUACAUUUUUUA